AUGAGUGUGAGUAACAGUGGGGACUCGUUUGUUACCUCCUCCAAAGCAGUGUUCUUUUGUCCAAAUGAUCCGCUGUUUGUUUGGGACUUGGAAAACAAAGUAUCCCUUCAGCUGAUAAUCGCCAUCACUGCAAUCGCUGCUCCUUUUACCACUUUUUUGAACACAUUAGUCAUCGUCACCAUCCAGAAAACAAGACAGUUACAGACGAACUCCAGCAUUCUGAUCUCUAGUUUGGCCAUUACUGAUCUGUUGGUGGGUGCAGUUUCAUCGCCUCUGAUCAUCACAGUAGAUGCAUUAAUUCUUCGAGGAACUGUACCAGAAAGCAUUGUAUGCAAAAUAAAUCACAGUGCAGCAUUUGUGCAGUACAUUGCUUACAGUGCUUCAUAUAUGCAUUUAAUUCUAAUGGGUUGGGAGAGGUAUGUUGCGAUUGCAAAACCUAUGAAGUACAAAGUUUUGGUGAGAAAAGGAAGGAUGAAGAGGUAUUCAGGAAUAGUCUGGAUGACAGUUAUCAUAGGCUACGUGUUGGUGAUGACAUUACAAGCCAUCGCUCUUCCUCAUGAAUUCGUAUUAGUUCUUCACUUUAUUGAAGGUGUUGUUUGGCUCGUCGGCUUUAUGACGCUGGUGUAUUUUUACAGUAUGGUUUAUAGCAAAGCACGAAAACAGAGCCGAAGCCAAAUCAGCCAAAUCAGCCAAAUAUCUGCCAAGAUCCAAAGCAGAAUUGCGUUUACAGCGUUUCUGUUAACCGCUGCCGUUUUCAUUUUUAGCCUUCCUAUCCCCGUUGUUGUCGCUACAGUGCAAUUUUGGCCCAUUCUUCGCGCUAAUUCAGUUUUCCGAUGGUCAGAAGUUUCCAAUUUCUUAAACUCUCUUUUAAAUCCUGUGCUCUAUUUUUAUAGAAACAGGCGAUACAGAAAAGCUGCACUUAAACUGCUAAGAUUCCGAAUGCCUUUGCAAAAUCAGUCAGUGAGUCCUUGUACAAGAUGGUGUCGAGAUUCCUUUGUGCCUGUAGAUGAAAAAUACGUUUGUGACACUGAAAGAACUCAAUGUCUCUCACGCUCACAGUCUUGGGCAGCGGAUACACAUGGACGCUUGAGUAUCAUGCCCGGAAUGCAGAAUAAUUCAGCAAUGGAGCGAAGAUUUUCAUGUCCACCCUUACUAAGCUAUGAAAACUUGCGUGAAGUAAUUCAACCUGUUACACAAACUAUCACAGUACAAAUUGAACUUACACCCAGAAACAAACUGGCGAGGAGUGAUGGAAAAUAA